UUAUGUCCGAAGAAAAAGUGUAAUAAAUAGAUUCUAAUAUUGAAAAUAAACCAGCACAACCUUUAGGACCUAAAAGACCAUAGAAAGAGCCUUAAUUAGAAAACUUAGAUGAGAUAUUUAAGAGAAUUUCUGAUGAUUUUAGUGAUGUAGCUCCACUUUAAUAAAUUGCUUAAAAAUUUAAUGUCAAUCCUGGAUAAUUAAUUUUAGGUAUAAUUUUUGUUGCAUUUACACUCACAAUAUUUGGAGCUGGAAAUUUGUUAGUGAAAAUAUUGAUUGGUAUUCUAUAUCCUGCAUACAUGAGUGUUUAAUGUGUGAAAUAAAAGGAUAAUGCAAAAUCUAAAAUUUGGCUUUCUUAUUGGGUUAUUUAUUUACUCAUGUUUCUGUUAGAUAGAGUGAUGUGGUUUGCAUUUCAUGACUUAUUGUAAUUGUAUUUCCCUAUCAAAAAUAUGACUCUUAUUUGGAUGUAUUAUCCUAAAACCAGAGGUAUUUACGUGUAUAUUUAUUUUAGGUGCAAUAAUAAUAUUUGACAAACUAGUGUUAUAACUCAAUAAAUUGGGUAUUCUAGAAAAGCCAAAAUAAAAACAUGAGUGAU